CAAAUAAACAUAAACAUGAAAACCAUUGUCUUUUUCGGUUUGUUGGCUGUUGCCGCCGCCGCUCCUCAGGCCCCCACUGAACCCAUCCCUAUCUUGAAGCAGGAGAGUGAGAUCAACCCUGAUGGCUCCUACUCAUUCUCAUACGAAACCGGCAACGGUAUUUCUGCUAGCGAGAACGGUGCCCUGAAGGACGUCGGUGCGGAGGAGCCUGCCCUGCAGGUGGAGGGCCAGUUCCAGUACCCCGGUGACGACGGCAGCAACAUCGCGCUGACCUACAUCGCCAACGAGAACGGCUUCCAGCCCUCGGGCGCCCACCUGCCCACCCCUCCCCCCGUGCCGGAGGCUAUCCAGCGCGCGCUCGCAUACCUCGCCACCGCCCCUCCCCAGCCUGAAAACCAAUAUAAAAGGACAAAAUUUUUAUGGGAUGGUACCUGUUUGUUUCUGACAUUCGUACAGACACAGAUCUCAGUAAAGAUGAAAUUCUUGGUUCUUGCUCUGUGCGUAUGCGCUGCUAGCGCUGCCUCCUAUGGCGCCUACAAGCCCUUCAGCGGCUUCACAUCUGGAGCUUCCAGGGCUAGCGCGGCUGUUUACCAGCCCGCCCAACAGGUCGCUGCCGCUGCCUACCAGCCCGCCCAACAGGUCGCCGCCGCCGCCUACCAGCCCGCCCAACAGGUCGCCGCCGCCGUGGUAGCCGCCCCCAAGGUCGCCGCCGAGGUCGUCUACCAGCCCGCCGUUGUCGCCGCCAAGGCUGUGAACUACGCCGCCAAGGAAUCCGAAGCCGCCAUCCUCCGCUCCGACUCCGAAGUCAGCGCUGAAGGCUACAACUACGCUUACGAGACCGCCAACAAGAUCACCGGCCAGGCUUCCGGUGCUCUGAAGAAGGUCGGCGAAGAUGUUGUCCUGGUCUCCCAGGGUAGCUACAGCUACGUCAACCCCGAGGGCAAGACCGUGACUGUCAACUACGUCGCUGACGAGAACGGUUACCAGCCCGAGAGCGACGUCCUCCCCGUUGGACCCGCCAUCCCCGAAGCCAUCGCUCGCUCCCUCGCCUACAUCGCUCAACAGACCGCCAACACCGCCCAGAAAUACUAAGUUUCCAACAAAUAGCCUGAAGAAGUCAAGUCUUGCUGGGGAUCCUGUGGACUCUCACUGACUGAAGACUGUUAUGGGUGUUCAUUUAAAUUGCAGCAGAUGAUUUUUAAAUAAAUAAAGAACUGUGCCAUAA